AUAUAGUGAAUGCAGGGUCCGGGGAGAGCGGAUAUAGUGAAUGCGGGUCCAGGGAGAGCGGAUAUAGUGAAUGCGGGGUCCGGGAGAGCGGAUAUAGUGAAUGCAGGGUCCGGGGAGAGAGCGGAUAUAGUGAAUGCGGGGUCCGGGGAGAGCGCGGAUAUAGUGAAUGCGGGGUCCGGGGAGAGCGGAUAUAGUGAAUGCGGGGUCCGGGGAGAGCGGAUAUAGUGAAUGCGGGGUCCGGGGAGAGCGGAUAUAGUGAAUGCAGGGUCCGGGGAGAGCGGAUAUAGUGAAUGCGGGGUCCGGGAGAGAGCGGAUAUAGUGAAUGCAGAGUCCGGGGAGAGCGGAUAUAGUGAAUGCGGGGUCCGGGGAGAGCGGAUAUAGUGAAUGCGGGGUCCGGGAGAGCGGAUAUAGUGAAUGCGGGGUCUGGGGAGAGCGGAUAUAGUGAAUGCGGGGUCCGGGGAGAGCGGAUAUAGUGAAUGCGGGGUCCGGGGAGAGCGGAUAUAGUGAAUGCGGGGUCCGGGGAGA